UAUGGUUGUAGGGGGUUUGAAAUGGGAGGGAAAGGGGGGGUGUUUGCACGGACGGGUUUAUCCAUUGCGUGUUGUGUAUCCAGAGUUAUCUUGACGUUCGUGCGAAUUUGUAUCUUCUGUCCACAACUCGCCGACGACAACUCCGCGUCGUGGAACCUUCCCGUUUUCUUAAGUGGAUUUUCCUCAAGAAUUUCAAAAAUCAAUCUCCCAAUGUACGCCCUCGCAAGGUUCCCUCUCCUCCUCUUGGGAUUCGUCCUCCCUGUAACCUCUGUAGCAACCAAUCAGAGGUACAAUGAUUCUAGGGUCAUUCCAUGCAUUGUUACGGGUGUGACAACAAUUUAACUUUAAACAAGAAUUUGGACACUCUCUUGGGGUUUAAUUAAGAAAUUAUCUGCGGUAGCAGGAAGAAGUUUUGUUAUAGAUCAUCACAGUAUAUCAGAAAUUGUUUUUACCUUGUUCUAGUCCUCAGAAAAAAUUGAAAGGCUCCGUUAAACGGGUGUGACCGAUUUUGGAAGUGACUUUUGCCUCAGCGAGUGUAAACUGGAAACUCAGCGAAUUUGAAGACUGUAAAAAUCUGAAUAAAUUAUACAAAGAAGCCAAGGGUAUUUGCUUCAACAGCUGA